AUGGCCGGCACGUGGUUCCUUCUUGGCAUUUUCCUAGCCGUCUAGUUUGAAAAUUGUGUCGUGUUGACAUGAAGAAAAAAAUAAAACAGAGGAAAUACAGAAUAUCUCACUCUAAAGUGAGGAAAUCUAGUGUUCAUAUAUUUCCUUCCUUUUCUAUUUCCAUAUGUUUUCCUAACAAUGAACCACCAUGCUACCUACCAUAAGGAGCUUAUGUUGUUUUGUUUAUCUUGUGCUUGUUUCCACAUCGAUUGAGUCUGAAGCAACAAAAACAGACAUUAAUGAUUCUAACACACCUCAAUCUCAUAUCAACCAUGAUGUUUUUAUCAGCUUUCGAGGUUCAGGCAUCCGCCAAGGUUUUCUUAGCCACUUAGUUGAUGCUCUUAAUGAAAAAAAAAAUUAUUGCCUUUGUGGAUAAUCAGAUUAACAAAGGAGAUGAAAUAGCACAAUCACUUUUUCAAGCAAUUGAAACAUCAUUGAUUUCUUUGGUUAUAUUCUCUAAAAACUAUGCUUCUUCACGUUGGUGCUUAGAUGAACUUGUUAAAAUUGUUGAGUGUAGAGAGAAAAUUGGACAGAUUUUAGUGCCUGUUUUCUACAGAGUGGACCCCACAAUUGUGAGGCAUCAAAAUGGAACUUAUGCAAAUGCAUUUGCUAAACAUCACAAAAGGUUCAAUUUGACGACUGUGCAAGAAUGGAAAUCUGUUUUAAAGGAAUGUGCUAGCAUCUCCGGUAUCCUUCAUCGAUGUUUGCGAAUGAUUCUGUGCUUGUUAAAGAAAUAGUUCAAUAUGUGGUGAGUAGGUUGGAUGAUAUUCAUAAGUACAAACCACAUUCAAAAAGAGCACUUAUAGGACUUGACAAUCAAAUUUCACAUGUGAAAUCAUUGUUACUGGAAGAUUCAAAAGAUGUUCGUGCCAUUGGCAUUUGGGGUAUGGCUGGUAUUGGGAAAACAACUAUUGCAGAGGAAGUAUUUGACAGGCUAUGUUCUGAAUAUAAAAGUUGUUACUUUAUGGCUGAUAUCAGAGAAGAAUGGAGGAGACAUGGAAGGAUGUAUUUAAAGAAAAAGCUUUAUUCUGCUCUAUUAAGAAAAGAAGAUUUGAAUAUUGAAAGACCACAUGGAUUGCCCUAUGUUGUUGAGAGGAGACUUCGAGGUAUGAAGGUUCUCGUUGUUCUUGACGAUGUUAGUGAUAAAGAGCAACUAGAAAUUUUAAUAGGAACACUUGAAUGGUUUGGAAAAGGUAGUAGAAUCAUCAUAACUACAAGCGAUAAGCAAGUACUUUCCAAAAGGGUUGAUGAUAAUGAUGUAUACCAGCUUAAGCCAUUGGAUUUUGAUGACUCUUUUCAACUUUUCAUAUCGACAGCCUUUGGACAAAACCAUCCUAAAAUGGAAUAUGAAAAUGAUAAGUUAUUAGAGAAAAUGGUCAAUUAUGCCCAAGGUAUUCCUUUAGUUCUGAAAGAACUAGGUUAUUUUAUUGGUGGAAAAGAUAGAGAGGCAUGGAAAAGGGAAUGUGAGAAGCUAACAAGAGAGCCGUUGAAAAAUGGCCAUGAUGCUAUUAGAUUGAGUUGUAAUUAUCUGAAUGGUGUUAAUGAAAUUGUUGAGUGUAGAGAGAAAGAUGGACAGAUUUUAGAGCCACAUGGAUUUGCUCAACCACAUAUGUUAAGUUUGCCGAGGGAGCAAGGAUGGAAAUUUCUUAGAAUGGAACGUUUUAAUAUCUCUGGGUAUGCUUCAUCGAUAUUUGCGAAUGAAUAUGUGCAUGUUCAUAAGCACAAAUCUCACUCAGAAAGAUUACUUAUCGGACUUCAGAUGGCUAUUCAAAUUUCACAUGUGGAAUCAUUGUUAAUGUCAGAUUCAAAAGAUGUUCGUGCCAUUGGCAUAUGGGGUAUGGCUGGUAUGGGGAAAACAACUAUUGUAGAGGAAGUAUAUAGAAGGCUAUGUUCUGAAUAUGACAGUUGUUACUUUAAGGCUAAUGUUAGAAAAGAAUGGGAAAGACAUGGAAGGAUGCAUUUAAAGAAAGAGCUUUAUUCUGCUCUAUUAAGAAAAGAAAAUUUGAAUAUUGAAAGACCACAUGGAUUGCCCUAUUUUAUUGAGAGGAGACUUCGACAUUUGAAGGUUCUUGUUGUUCUUGACGAUGUUAGUGAUGAAGAGCAACUAGAAAUUUUAAUUGAAACACUUGAUUGGUUUGGAAGAGGUAGUAGAAUCAUCAUAACCUCAAGACAUAAGCAAGUAUUCCUCAACAAGGUUGAUGAUAAUGAUGUGUAUCAAGCCAUUGGAUUUUUAUGACUCUUUUCUGCUUUUCAAUUUGAAUGCCUUUGAAAAUACACAUCAUUUGGUUAUUUUUUAGGCUUAAGUGUAGUUUUUGUCUCUCUAUUUAACAGAUUUAAUUUCUUUAUCAACUUUUAUUAUCUUAAACUCUUUCUCUAAUUCUUAGAGAAAAAUAUCUUGCUAAUCCAAAAUCCGGCCAUAAGAUAAAUAAAGUUGAUAAAGAAAUUAUUUGCAUAGAUCUUAUCUUUUUCUGUUUGCUGACAAGACAUGACUUGAUCCAGUCUUGAUACCAAUAUACAAUGUGUUUCUACUUUUUUUUUUUUGUUACAAAAAAAGAGCACAACUCCAAUGUGUUUCUACUUUAACUAUAAAUAAAUAAAUCAAGAUUAUUCAUUUGAA